AUGGAUAAAUACUGGCCAUCUCUCAAGGCUAGGAAAACUAAUGAGGACUUCUGGUGGCACGAAUGGACGGAACACGGUUGCUGUCAAAAAGAGUUCCAACCCCGUGAUUACUAUAAGAAGGCUAUCAAACUAAAGAAUGACAUCAGUCCUCUCAAUAUCCUUCAAUAUGCAAACAUUCUUCCGGGUUCCUCCAAUCCUUACACACAAAAAGCCAUUUUUGAAGCCUUUGAAAAUGUUCUCGGGAUCGGCAAUAAAAUUUGGCUUACAUGCCACAAAAAGAAUGGCCAUUUUAUGCUUAACGAGGUCAUUGCUGCUCAAAGACUUGAAGGAACUGAUGAAUUUGAUGGUACCAUUACAAUGCUCAUAACCCAAGAGGAAAAAGCAGAGAAGAGUCCUUUAACACACUUCUGGUGUGUCUGCAAAUUUUGGAAAAAUCUAAUAGAUAGUCCUGCUUUCAUUUCUAUUCAUUUAAAACACAACAAGGGCAAUGCCCGUAUGGUUGUAUACUAUCACAAUGAGCUUAGGGACAUGGGGCACAUCGUCUUGUUCCCGGACAAAACACUUACGGUGCCCACAUAUCACAAUAUGGGGAUAUCCUUCCCCGUAUUUAAUCGGCUUGGUGGUCCUAUUAACGGUGUUUUUUGCCUAUGUGACGGACUUGAUCGCAUUGCUAUGUGGAAUCCCGCGACAAGAGCAUUCAGGGCUCUGCCAUUGUGGUGCACGAAAUUAUUUCCGCGUGACUGGAUCCCUCGUCACUGCGGCUUUGGAUUCGGGUUAGAUCCCACCAAUGAUGAUUACAAGGUAGUUUGGAUUCGGACUUUUGAUGACAGGAACACCGUUAAAAGGGGCCCAUGGAUGGAUCCCAUACAUGUUGCUGUGUACACUUUAAGCACAGAUUCAUGGAAAGAUUUCAAGGGUGAUGCUCCCGAUUGUCUACAUUUUUUGAUAGAUUCUUGCAACGAUUCAUACUUGAAUGGUGUUUAUUACUGGUGGUCUAAAUCUUUAUAUAGAAAGCUGGUUUCGUUUGACAUGGGCAAAGAGGAGUUCAGAGAGAUUCAAGGGCCACCUGAUCUUCACCAAGACUCGGACAGCGAGAUUCUUACGUUGUACAACAGCUAUAUUGCUCUGAUUUAUUCUCAUUCACUAGUGUCAUUAGAUUCCUGGGAAUCAGUUGAGGAGUCAUCAGUUGUCGUGUGGGUACUGAUGGAGGAGGAGGAGGGAACGGGAUGUUGGAUCAAGCAAUUAAGUAUCGGACCGCUCCAUGGGAUGAUGAUUCCAGCUGGGUUGUGGAAGAAUGAUGAGGUCAUUCUUGAAACUCCAACUGGCCACCUACUCUUGUAUAAUCCUAGUACCCAACUUGUUCUUAAGGAUCUCCAAAUCUUAGGCCAUAGCACUCAUUCUUGUUUCCUUCACCUACUUAUCUACACCGAAAACUUGUUUCAGUCCAUGGAGAUGAAUUACCAAUUUAUGGGAAACAGCAGAGAUUCUACCGAUCUUUGUUUUGAUCCUAAAGACCUGAUGAUUGAGAUUGACAAUGUGGAUGGUUUACCUAAAGACCUGAUGCUUUAUAAUGUGAAAUAUAUAAUCAUACCUAACAUCGCCACUGGCUAUCAGUUCAGAAGCAGUUUGCCAGAAAACCCCGUGAUUGACAUUGUAGAAUAUAGGACAAAGAGUUUUGGAUCGAAAUAA